AUGCUGGAUUCAAUAAAUCCAAACGUUUCAUACCAGAAAGAAUAUGUUGUACGCAAUCCUGUACACUGCAGUACUCAAGUGGUAUUACCUAAGUCUGAACACGAGGCAAACACUACUAUAGUUGAAAAGAGAAACCAAGGUAUGAACCAUGCUGAGGGCGGUUGGCCUAAAGAGGUUCAUCACGACAAUGAAGAAGAAACUUUGCGAUAUCGUCGUCGCAUCGAACGUGAUGAUGCUUACGUACAUUCUGUUUUAACUCUUGCUCCUAGAUUUGAAAAGUUUAUUUAUCAAAAUAACGCUAUAGAUAUAUAUGAACAAUAUUUUGAAGGUAUAGAAGAAUUAUUAUCCUUUGAAAAAGCCACUGCUAAAUUGAACAACACUUACAGAGAUCCAGAUUUUCGCCCCGUGGCGGGUCUCGCUUGGACGAUUGAAGAAGACCCAAAAUUGGUGGUGUCGUACAGUCACAAAGAGUACCCUGUGAACGAACCAGUUAAUAAGAAAUUCACCUGUUUCCAGUGGGAUUUGGAAAAUCCACAUAACCCAGCUGUUGAGUUUGAACCACCUGCCGCUUGCUGGGAUUUAGCCUGUUCACCAACCAAUCCUUCGAUUGUCUUAGGAGGUCUGGAAGACGGUAGAGUCUGUGUAUUUGAUUUGUGUGCUCGUGAUCGCUGUGUUUCCGUAAGUCCACCACACACAUCCCACAGGGCACCAGUAACUGGUCUUCUCUACAUUCAGUCACGUCACAAUUCUGAGUUUUUUUCUAGCUCAAGUGAUGGACUAUGCAUGUGGCAUGAUUUGCGAAAUCUUUCUAGACCAUUAGAUAUCUUAUUUAUGUCUGUAAAUAUUCCUCAAGGAGAUAGUAUUAGUUAUGCUAACACAGAAGGUAUAACUUCAAUUCAUUACGACCGCACUCUUCCUACUAGAUUUUUUGCUGGAACUGAAUCUGGUCUCGUUAUAAACGUGAAUCGAAGAGGUAAAACUCAGGAAGAGAAAAUGAGCAGCGUAUAUAAUGCACACUUUGGGCCAGUGAGAGCAGUACACCGCAGUCCAUGUACCAGUAAAAUGUUUCUAUCUUGUGGUGAUUGGACGACACAUGUUUGGAGUGAGGAUACAAAAUCGAGUCCUAUCAUAUCUGGAGUCAUGCAUCGUUAUCAGAUCCUAGAUGCAGUGUGGGCACCAGACAGGUAUUCUGGUUAUAUGACUGUAUCAGAAGAUGGUUACUUUCGAUAUUGGGACUUAUUACGUAGAUAUCGCGAACCAGUUUUAUGCAUGCCAUUAGCGAGUAAUCCAAUAUUGAAAAUUGCGCCUCUUAUGGAUAGUCGGUUUGUCGCAUUUGGAGGUAAAUGUGGCAGAGUAUUUUUAGUUUCUUUGUCGCAUGGUUUAUGUUACUCUGAUAUGCGAGAUAAGCAUUUAAUGUUGGAAACUUUUGAGCGUGAGAAUCACCGUGAAGCAAUACUUACAGCCCGUAUGAAGGAAAUUCGUUUAAAAUUUAGAACUGAGGAUGUAUCAUUACAAGUCCCUGAGGAGGUAUAUGAUGAAGAAAGUGCAAUCAGAGCUGCGGAAGAAGAAUACAGGAGGCGAGUAAUAGAAGAAACACGUGAUUUACAUUUACCUGGGUCUAGAUUCGAAAUGCGUAAACGUUGA